GGGUAUUGCGUUUUAUAGCACCAAAGGGCCUAACCAUUGACUAGCAGCUGUUCUCGACCGAAUAUCAGGAAAUUAACAGUGUAGUUCUGGCGAGAAUUUCGUGUGUCUGGUGUACAGAUCAACACUUGAAUAUAAUUAUUGAAAUAGGAUAUUGAAUACAUACCUUCGUCCCUGAACAUUCCAAACAGGAACAUGAUUGUGUGUUGAACACUGGAUAAUUUUGUUUUUUUGGAAAUAACUUUGAAAUACGUAAACAAUGAAACGACAGAACGUCCGGACCCUGUCUUUAAUUGUCUGUACAUUUACCUAUCUUCUGAUAGGGGCGGCCGUGUUUGACGCCCUAGAAUCGGAGUAUGAACUAGAAAACAGAAGACGAUUAUUUGCGGAAGAAGACGAGAUACUAAAGAAAUAUAACAUUUCAGAAAACGAUUUUAAAAGCAUUCAGCACAAUGUCAUCUGGUCCCGUCCAUACCAGGAGGUCAUCCAGUGGAAGUUCGGAGGCGCUCUGUAUUUUUCUUUGGUCGUGGUGGCAGUAAUAGGUUAUGGUCACAGUACACCAAAGACAUUCUGGGGCAAGUCCUUCUGCAUGAUUUACGCUUUAAUUGGAAUUCCACUAUGCAUCAUCAUGUUUCAAAGCGUUGGUGAAAGACUGAACACAUUCGUGACUUUUGUCUUGAAACAGAUUAAAAAAUGUUUCCGGUUUAAAAACUCGGAAGUUUCUCAAACUGAUUUAUUUUUUGUGACUAUGAAUUUAUCAACAAUAAUUAUAACUACCGGGGCUUUAGCGUUUUCGCAUGUGGAGGGCUGGAACUACAUCGACGCGUUCUACUACUGUUUCAUCACACUCACCACCAUCGGCUUUGGUGAUUUUGUUGCACUUCAGAAGGAUUACAUGGUCCAACAGAAGCCCCAUUAUUUUGCGUUCAGCAUUCUAUUCAUUUUGUUUGGAUUAACAGUCAUAUCUGCGGCGAUGAAUCUUUUAAUUCUUCGUUUUGUCACGAUGAACACUGAAGACGAGCGACGGGAUGAAAUGGAAGCUGCUGUUGCCGCCCAGAAUGCAGUGCGACUCGAUGGUGACGUCAUAACCGGAAAUGGAGGUGUAGUAUCAAACGCACAAGAACGUCCAGAAUUCAAUGACACAUUAUCUGUAUGUUCGUGCUCAUGUUACAAAUGGACGUCACCACGUGACAAAGUUUACACGUCCAGUCCCUUAAGUAAUCAUAAAAGCGGGAAAAGAAAAAGUAGAUCGUCUGGAGCGACCGCUCUAGAGUGUUCAAAAGACAUGGACAGCAAUCUGUCUGAAGACACUGAAUCCUUUCUCAAUUGGCAGAGGAGCAAACGUGCCUCGUUAUAAGUGUGAUUUAUCGGACAAAUUUCAUAUACA